GCCCUCUUGUCUCAGACUUGGCAGCUAGUGGGGCCCUCUGAGGCAGGAAGGAUAGGCAGGUACAUUGUGUCCCCCUGGCUUGGGCCCAGUCCUUGUACUCUUCCCUGUGCUGCCUUGUGUGGAGGAGGAAAGGGAAGGGCUGGGGGAUGGGGAUGGGGAGCAGUGCUGUUACUCUGGUUAUAACUCAAGAUUUAUGGGAAGAAGAAUGAAGUUCAUGGCCUCUUCCCACCCUUCCCCUUGCCCUGAGCUCUCCUCUGAAGUCAAAUCCAUCGGAUUAGAAGCAUAGGAUGACCUCUUGUCCUUUUCUCAAGGUGGGGGGAGAGGAGACUGGUGAGAUUCCCUACUUCCUGUGACUCAUCCUUCCAGGGACCCCCUGGGCAGGAGGGACUGAACUGGGGGGAAGGAAUUUAGCUCGGCCCUCCCCCCACUAUGAGGUCAGCACCUUCCGCCCGCCCCACCCUAGCCCAGAGCUGUCCACUGGGGCUGGGGGCUGGACAUGUUCCCCCAACCCCAGCCUCUCUUAGGACGCGUCGGCAACAUCUCGUGCCUGCUGCUCUUGGCUGUCAGCAUCUCUUCAGCUGCAGGUGCUCUGCUGCUUCCUACCAAUUCUCUCUCCAUUGAUGGAAAGCACUGUGAGUGUGGUCUGGGGAUCAGCCGGGAGGCCCUGACCACCCUGCUCAUUGUCCUGGGAGGCGUCAGCGUGAGCUGCUUCUCAGCCCUGCUCCUUGUGGUCGUCAGCAUUAUUCGGACCAAGAGGGACAUUAGAUCAGGCUUCACUUACUGAUAAACCCUCUUUCCUUGUGUGCACACCUCCCAUUGGUCCUCUGGAGGAGACCAAACUUCCUUGUACUUGGUCACUCUUGGAGUGGGCAGCCUUCCCAACUUCUCUGUUAUGAUGCUGUGAUACGGGGCUUGGAACUGUAAGCGCACCCAAAGUCCUUUGCUAAGAGAGGGGCAUCUGCCCAGAUGUGCCCCUUCCUUGCCCUUGACCCUCGACUUUGGCUGAAACACCGCUCACUCAAUCAUAGGACAUCAUCUCAGUGUUUAGUGAUGGGGAGCUACUCUCGAAUGUACCCACCAUCUCACUGUAUGCUACAAGGAAGCCACAGACAUGUAACACCUGUGGAAAUGGACCCAAAGAACAAAGGACAUUGUGUGGCAGUCGUCCCCUUAAAUGUUCCAUCAAAGAACUGUUUCAUAGAGAGUUGUGAGAUGGUCGAGUUGGUGGAGGUCUCUAAAGCCAUGGAGGAAGUUUUGGAAUUUCCAGACUUGAAGAAGCAACUAACACUGUCUUUGGAAAAGCCACCCUUGGAGGGCGAUUGAGGAGGAAGUAGGAUGGACGCUGAAGAGAUGAUGGGGAGAGGGGGAAAAAAUUAAUACAUUUUUUUGUUAUCACUGUCUGGACAUCCUGUGUAUGAAUCAGAGCCAGUGGUACUCUGUGUAGGGUUCUGAGUCUGUGAGGGUGUCUGUUUGGGUUUAUGAAGUUCCAAGGCAGCCUUCAAGUUUGCCUUGGUCAUAAUGAUGUCUUAUUGUAUUGUAUGAAUUUUAUUUUUUUUUUUACCACAAAUUGGUAGAAGUCAUCCCCCACUAAAAGUGGGUCCUGGUUUGAUGGCUACUAUUCUCUGAUGAGGCUCUUUCCCCUGGCCCAGAUUCCAUUGCCCAAAUGCUUUGGAACACAGAACACACAAGCCUCCAUUCCAUCACCUCAAAAAAGCCCCUCCCCUUCUUUUUGGAAUGCCUCUCAACUCAUAUAGCCCUUCAGAGCCUCUCCAACCUUAGAGACCAGCCCCUUUUCCCAGUCUGCCCCAGGCUUGACCAGUUUUCCUAGUUUCCUUUCCCCUCCCUCUUUCCAGCCCUAGCAAGAGAUGAACCACCCAGCUAAGGACGGGGUGUGCCAACAAAAGUGGUAACACCUGUACAUCUAUGGGCAUCUGUCCAGAUCCUGCCUCUGGGACGCUGCAGCUGGAGCAGCAGCACAGCCAGGUGUCUGGGCUCCCAGGGCUGGAUCAAACCCAGUGGGAACUGGUUUCAGCUGAAGUAAAACUGGCUCCAUGUCCCUCCUACUAGCUAGGUGGUCUCAUCUCACUGGGGCUGAGCCAGUCUUUGCCUCUUCCCGACAAGUGCCCAUCUAGGGCCAAUUGAAAACAUUCAGCUAAACUAACCUAUUUUUUAGGGGUACAUAUUAGAGAUAUAGAUGGGCAUAAGUUUUCAUUCAGAUCCAGAUAAUUCAAUCUACACAUAGGUUUGGAUCUGUAGAUACACUGACACACAGACCCACCAGGACUCAACAUUCACAGACACUCAGAGGCUUGGACACAGAUUUAUGCCUAGGAAAGUCUAUACAGAGAUGUCCACAGAUCCCUGCAAGAAUGAAGAAGCCAAAGUGGAUCCAUGCAGACCUGCAGGUCCAAGCUUAAAGGCACAUGCAGACAGGUUCACACAGCAAAUGAGGACAUGCAGACAGAGACCCUCAUCUUCUGUGCAGCCUGAGGAGGAGGAGGAGGGGAUAGGGGUUAGUUCUGGGAUCAUGUAACACCUAGAGAUUAGCUCUGGCCAACACUUCUGCUGGUUCCCAAGGUGGGAGAAAAAAGCUGCUCUGACUGCUUCCUCUCCCAGAGGGGCCUUAGAUGUGGAUAUACUUGGUCUGUUGGUGCCAUUCUAAUUACUCCUUUGCCUUUAUGGGUCAAAGAACUGGUGGAAAUGGAAUGAGAGUAAAAAAGAGAACCCUUAGUCCCUUGCUUUCAGUUCCCCCCUCUCCCCCUCAUCCUCCCUGAAGGCUGGAUACUGAGUUUGGGGAUCCCCUUCCCCAACCUUGAGUGGCCAUAGAGCAGAGCCCAGUUUGUUCUAGGUGCAGCACACUGCCCUUGUCCAUGGGCCCUGGGGGCUGCUCUGUGGUGGCCAGUGCCAGAGUGGGGCAUGCGGCUCCCAGCCUGGCAGUGAUUGGGACAAGUUAGGUGCUCCCAUGCUUACUAAGGGAUCUAGCUAUGCUGACGUGGAGUUGGCCCCAAGCCCAGCAGGUGGCUGGUAGAGCUGCUGGCUUUGCUCAGAGCCUUACCCCCACCUCUACUCCACCCCCCAUCCCACAGAAUCCUGUCCCAAGACAGGAUCUACAAGAACUUCUGAGCUGGUAAGUUAAUAUUUGUUUAGAAGCAGGUAACAGUCGAAAGGGACAGAUAGAUGGGCAGAGCUUGGAGAGAAGACAUCUGGGGGAAUUUGCCCAAGCUAGGACCUCCUGACUCCUAAGGGUCACUUUCUGAGUAAGGCUGCCCUGGUGAGCUGCUUCCGGGUGAGAAGGUGCAGGCUUCCCAACAAUGACUUUCUCCUUUUCUUUCUUUUUGCUAACGCUGGCGCUGCUGAUCCUCUCCCCACCAUCCACCCCAAGCCCAGGCUGGAGCUGCCUUUCUGAGUGUGUGUGUGGGCAGGGUGGGCAGGUCAACUGUUCUGGGGGAGAAUUACACUUUGUACCUAGGAUUCUGGACCCGAGGGUACAAGUUCUUCUCUUGGGUCACAACCAUAUUGAUUUCUUGUCCCCGGGGGCCUUCGCCCUCCUGCCCAGGCUGCUCUCGCUGGAGCUUCAGAGCAAUGGGUUACAGAGAGUCCAUGUGCAAGCCUUUUGGGGCUUGAGGGUCCUGCAGUCCCUGGAUCUAAGCGCCAAUGCUCUCCAGGCCCUGGAACCGGGCACCUUCCGGCCACUCCGAGCACUCCACACUCUGUCUCUGGCAGGGAACCGGCUGAUGCGGCUGGAGCCCAUGUGGCUGGGUCCCCUGCCACUACUGCAGAACCUAAAUCUGCAAGAUAAUCUUCUCUCUAGCAUGGGCUCUGGGGUCCUAGACAGACUGCCUGCCCUGCACGAACUGAACCUGCACGGGAACCCUUGGAUAUGUGACUGCACUAUUCUCUCCCUCUGCCGCUGGCUGCGUAGCCAUGCACACCAGAUCCUAGGAGCAGAGUCCCUGAUGUGUGUGUCCCCAGACCAACAGAUCCUCAAGCCACUGGCUGCCCUCACGGAAGCCUCAUUCAAUUAUUGCACCCUGCCACUGACCCCUUGGGACCUAGGGAUCAUCACCAUGCUGGGCCCACUCUCAUUUCUGGCCAGUCUGGCUGCCUGCUUCAUCUUUGGUUCCUUGCUCACUGCCUUCCGGGUUCGACGUAAAAACCGUCACUAUCCGGUGAAGAGACCCAUCCCUCAGACCGUUGCCCUGGGUGACCCACCAGAGAACCCAACCACUAACUUCCCAGCCCCGGCUUGCUUUCUGUGACCCCUUUUCUCAUUCCAGUCUAGAGCUGGAGUCGAUGCCUUUUCCCACGACCCCAUGGGGGGGAGGGCCCCCCCACCCCUCAGUACGGCUGCGCCCUUCGGUUCCCCAGGCAGUCCCUUCUUGGUAGGCUGGCACCAAGAGAAACCCUCCCCCCCUGCGCCCCCUCGUUCCCCCCGCGGUGCUCGGGAUCUCCGUCGGGAGACGAGCGUGCUGUGGGGCCGGCAUCAGAAAGCUGUCACACAGACUGAGGCUCAUAAUGUUCAAUUUGGCAACACAUGGUACAUGCCUGUACACGGGAACGGUAAAUGCCUGUACACGGGGAUGUCGCGAGCUUACACGGGAGAGGCGGGCGUCUGUACAGAGAGGAGUGGGUGGCUAUACACAGGGAUGGCACAGAGCCCUACGCGGGGCCGCGCGAGCCGGUCCGGGGGACGGCCGAGCCUGUACACGGGAAGGGACGUGCCUGUACAAGAUAGCGGUGCGUGUGCCCCGGGAGGACAGCGGCCGCGGGCGCGGGCGCGCACCUUCGGGAAUGGCUCAUUCUGUAUGUAGGGCGCUGUCCCGGCGGUACACAAGAAUGGCCCGCGGGGGUGCGGCGUGCCGGGAAGGAGGUGUGGCCGUGGGUCGGGGGGAGAGGCAGGUGGUCAAUGCCGAGAGGCAGGAGGAGUUACAGUCUUCCCUUUCCUGGGGCUUGGAGGCUCACCCCAGCGCGGCAGUCCUGAAGGAGGGAUUUGGGGGAUGCAAAAGGUGAAGAGAGAGGGAUGUCGUUCAGCUCCCAGAAUCCAGCCCUCUCUGGGAACGGAAACCAAAGCGCUGAGGCGAGGGGCGGGGGGAAGGGGGUGAAGGGCAGAGAAGCAUUGGUGUAGAAGUAGAACCAGCCAGGGUGGAGCCAAGCCAGAGGAGGGAGGAAGGACUGACCAGUUCGAGGGAGGGGGGAUAGUGUGAGCAAAGAGGGAGGAACACAGAACAGCUGGGGGAAUGGUAGAAGCAGAGUUUGGAGAGAGAAUGGAACCGGGGUCAUGGCAAACACAAAAGGGAUGGUGUCCAGGGACUUAGCAGAAACUGUGUCGGUGGGGGGAGGGAGGAGG